GCUGAGGUAGCUCGAGGCUACUUAAUUCUGUCUAAUUUCCAUGUGGCUUUCUUACCUAUCAGAUUAUUUUUGGAUAUUGGUAUUCACACGAAAACAUCUCCCUUUCCAACCUGCGGACAUAUCUUGUACGCAUCUGCUCCAAUUCGAUUCUUUGCAACUCACUUCAGUCACUCAUUAGAAGCUUAGGAUAUCAGAUGCAGUGUUCUAGUAGGCGAUAACAAUGGAUGGAGACCCGGCUGUUGAAAAUGAGCUCGACUCUUUUAGUCGUACUCUUCCUCUGCCCUACAGGGUUGCAUUGAUCAUUGUGUUAGGUAUAUGACAUUACUCUUCUGACCUAGGUUUGAAGGUGACUCACUAAUAUGCUAACAGGAGUAUGGGCUUGGGGCACAAAUCUUCAUUAUCUUUCAAUUGUUAAAAUUGUAAGUCGUUAUUCUCCUCGAGCGCGCAUCAGUCUAACACAUGCGCCUACCAGAAUGUCCCUUCACUCAUCCAAUAUCCACAACGAGCUUCUGCGCGAACUGAUCCUCCGCACCAUUUAUCUGCCUAUCGACUUGCUACAUAUCUCACAAUCCCUCUUGUUCUUUCGAUUCUCCUCUUCUGGACUCUCUCCCAUCGCGAUCCAGCUCUAGUAAUCUACUAUGACUUUCUCCCGAUAUCUUACAUAUGCCUCCUAUUUUUUGCUUUCUUCCUUCCCUUGCGCCGCGCAUCCUACUCCGGCCGUCUCCAUUUUCUCUCCGCCCUCAGGCGUGUCUCAAUUGGAGGAAUCGCUCUUCCCAAUGAAGGGAAAUUUGGCGAUAUCCUCCUGGCUGAUGUUCUCACUUCCUAUGCGAAGAUUAUAGCCGAUCUUUUCGUCUCCUUCUGCAUGUUCCUCACCCCUUCUGGUAGCGCAACAUCUCGACCUGAUCGUGGCUGUGGUGGACAAUAUCUCGUCCCUAUCAUGAUUGCGAUACCCUCGCUUAUACGUUUUCGGCAAUGCAUAACUGAAUAUCUACGAGUUAGAAAUUCACGUUCAACAUCCUCUGGAUGGGGCGGUCAACACUUAGCCAAUGCGCUCAAGUAUUCCACAGCAUUCCCUGUGAUAAUAUUUUCCGCUAUGCAGCGAAACCUGUCGAUCAACGAAACAUCAAUAAAUAUUACUACAACAACGCUCUAUCGACUCUGGCUCGUGAGCGUUUUCAUCAACUCUAUGUACUCCUUCUGGUGGGACAUAACCAAAGAUUGGGACCUUACCCUCCUCACCUUUUCAUCAAGAAAUAAAUCUUCCUACCCCCUUCGACCCCGUCUAUAUCUCCCUUCUCAAGAACUCUACUACAUCGCCAUCCUCAUUGACUUCCUCCUCCGUUUCACAUGGUCCCUCAAACUCUCUCCUCAUCUCGACCAUUUUGCCGAUUUCGAAAGCGGCAUUUUCUUAUUAGAGGUAUUGGAGGUGGCCCGGAGAUGGAUGUGGAUAUUCUUGAGGGUGGAGACAGAAUGGGGAAGAGAAAAGGAAAAGAGUAAUGCAAAUGGUUUGCUAGGGGGGCCAGGAGUCGGCGAUGUUUUAUUGGCGGAUUAUAGAGACGAGGAGGAUUUUAGCGAUUAAACUUGGGGAGUUUUGCGUAGGAGUAAUAUAUUGACUUGAUUCUACCAUGUAAUAAGAGCGGACAGCAAGAGUAAAGUCCGAAUUUCGGAUGAAGGGUUGAUACCUGGUGCUCGAAUCUGAUGAAUGUAGGAUAGCUAGCUACUUGUAGGAAACGUGCAAUAUUGGAUUCGUGAACACACAAUAUAUCACUCAUAGAAUAACCAUCACACCCAUGGAAGAUUGAGUGACUCA